CCAAAUUCAAUCGAUUAGCUCAAAGUAAUUGCACCCGAAUUCCUUGUGGAUUGCAUGUGUUAAAUUUAAUUUUCAAUAAUUUUGAGGAUAUGGCUUUCGGUAAACUUUCUGUAAAUGCUGGGUUUUCGAAGACGCGACAUCCAUUUAAUCUUCUUUAUUUGGCAUGGAUGCUGCACGAUGGAUAUGCUCAAAGUGAUAAAGAUUCGCCGCUUAAUAUGAGAAGCGAGACUAUUCGGAGCCUUUAUAAAACGCGCCUUAAUUAUCAGUUGACUAAAUAUCAACAUCCUCUAAAAUCAAGAUGGCAAUAUGAAUUAAUUGCGGCAGAACAAUACCUCGAAAGACGUGAACUUCAUAUUGAAUUUGUUGCGUGGUUUCUUCCAAAACUAAAGACUUUAAAAAAAGUCCCGAGUUCCUAUGUUCAAAAAUGGGAACUUUUUCAGAAUUGGUUAAACGAUUCUGAACUAAACAUUAAAAUUCAGUGUCUAGUUAAAUUUGGCCAUGAAUUUUACCGCCCGUUUUCUGAAUUUCUC